AUGGACCCUCCUCCCAGACGUCUCAGACUCGUUCCCAAGGUCACCUUCAUUCUCUCAUCCAUCGCCAUACACUAUCAAGUCGUCAAAUUCGUUUACAACAACUAUACACCACAUGAUCUCCUGAACCCGUCCCUACUCUUCGUUCUACCGUGUACGAUAUUCAUCAUCAGUCAUGGUCUUAGUGUUCUAAGACACCACGCGUUCAUAAUUGCUUUAAGAAGGGAAUUCGGGGUGAUUGGUCUGUGGCUAUUUUACUUUUUACCAGUCCUCAUCCAAAUUGUCUUGUGGCUGAGGUUAGCACAAUGGGUCACUGCGACAGUUCCAUGGCUGAUGAUAUCGGCAUUCAGGCUGUCCCCCAUCGUUAUACUGUUGUUUCUCGCCGUCCAGCUGUGGAGGAGGACAAGCAGACAGACCCAGCAGUUCCCUGCGCGCGAGCAUCGGCUCGCGGCGCAACGGGUGGAUGAGUUAGCCGAUGGGCCUAUUCACGUUACUUAUACUACAAAUUUGACACAUAGUGCCACCGAGUUGUGUUAUUCUAGGCGCGGCGCUAUAUCUAAAGCCAGACUUUCAUACGGACUCCUCGUGAUGGCCGACGGAGAGAAUCAAACGACAGGCGAUUUGGACAAUGGAGUUCGCGUAUCGUCUAGAAAAACAGUCUCGAGUGCCGUUCCUGGCGACGGAUCAGUUGGUGGGAAUUCACGAUAUGACUACGUGCUGAGCGUCUCAUCCAUCCUGACCAGAAACAUGUAG